AUGGCCGUCUUUGACGACUCUCAACUCUCGACAACCCUCUCAACAGCUAUCUGCACCACCCCCAUGCUCAAUAUCGGACGGACUCUGUCUCUCCUCCUGCCCCCUUGCCACUUCUGGACGAGAUGGCACGACCCCUCCUUGACGAGCCUAUCACAGCAGCCUUUCGACACCAUGCAUAAACGCCUCUGGCAGCUUGCAUCUAAGCCGUCCAAUUGCCCUCGCCGACUUCGCGCCCAGGUCGACCUGUCUGUUGAUAUGGCCAAGCGACAGAUCUUGUCUAGCAGGGUUUGCAGAAAGCUAGUCCUCGUCAGUGGACUUGCGAGACGUCUGCCACGGAGUACUCCGUACAUGGCCGCUGUCUCUGCGGUCUGCGCUGUGAUGGGCUUGUGA